CUGGUUGGUGCGACGCUAAGUCAGUUUAGUAAAAAAAGGUGCGGACAUCAACAUGCACUCACUGCUACUGACGUCGAUAGUGCCCCUGUUCCUGCUGGUGGGCGUGGCCCUUCCCGGCUACAUCCCCUACCACAUGGACACCGCGGCCCUGCAGCCAAUCGUCACCACCUCGCAGGAGCGCCGCAUCUGCGCCGAGCUGUGCAUGACGGGGCUAGGAGGGACCCCCUGCGGCGAUGACUGCGUGGAUUUCACCCCCCAGGGCUUGCCCUUGCAGUCCCUCAACGGAUCGACGACUGUUAAGUUCGGCGUCGCGACGCGCCACGAGGCCUGCAUCGUCCUCUGCGAGAACCAGCUGGGCGAACCGCUAUGCCACUGCAACGAGACCACCACGGGGAAGGUCGCCAAGAAGCCGGACUUCAUGCAGGUAUGCGGCUUCUUCUGCGUGCGCUACGACUACCGCAUCUACGGCUGUCAGACGUGUUCCUUGUACAAGAACGCGACGGAGGCGAGGAUGCUGAGCUACGUAGGGGUGUCCACCAAUUCCGAGGACGACGACGACGGCGGGGAAGGCGAGCCCGUGGUCAACUGGGAUCUGUGGUGCCAGAACAUGUGCCAGGAGGGCAACGGCGGGGCCGCUUGCAACUGUGAUCUGCUGCCCAUGAGCCUGGAGAUCUAAGGAGGCUUUAAUUUUUCCUGUCUAAAUGUAUUAGGGAUUGCUAAUCGAAUGUAGUAGUGUUAAGUAUGUAUAUUAUUUUUUGGAUCGUUGUUUGCAUUCCGAUUCGUUCACCCCAGCGAUUUGUGCGGCAGCUGACGAUUUUAGGCAUGGUAAGAAUUCAUAUGUCAAAACCAGAUACGUCCUGACAGUCAUCCAAAAAGUUGUAGCUAUUAUGUGGAAGAUGUAAAACUAUUUCGAAUAAGCUUAUAGUGCCUAAAUAACUUUAAAAUUAUUAUUUCCAGGAAAUAUUAUCUUAUUGGCCGUAUGUAAUUAUUUAUUUGCAGCAUUUUCCGUUACCCGUUUAUUUGAUUAGGACUGCAACACGGAAGAGGAAAAAAUGUUAAAUAAAUAACAUCUUGCACCAGAAUGGACCAGUCAAUUUUAUAAAUUUAGUUUAGCCUGACCGGAAAUAUAUCGCACUGAAGAAAUAGGUAAGUAAUAAUUCUUUACGACUACUGAAACUAAUUACACAGUUAACACUCUGUUUUCGUUAUCAAAACCUUAGUUAAACUUUAAAGUGUUGAUGUGUAUUAUAUUUCAAUGAUUAUUGUGUAGUCCUGAUCCAGAAGAAUUACCUACUUUUCCAGUGUGUGAUAUUUCUGUUUAGGCAAAAGUGAAUUUGUAAAACCUCAUUUUUGGAGUAAAGAAUUUAAAAUUUAAUUUCGAGUCGUCAAAAUAACAAAUAAAAGUCUUAUGAGGAAAAGUCCAGAAAAGCUUUAUUUUCGAGAUACUUACAGGGUUUUUGUAUUUGAAAAAAAAUCGUACGUUUUCAAAAAUAUCUCUGAAGUUCUUUGACGGAGAGUGAUAUAACGCAGAACUGUAAUAUACAGGAUGGUCCCGAGGUAAUGGGCCAAAA